AUGCUUUUCACUUUCCUUGCUAUGCUCUCUGGAGCAUUAGCUCAGUCUCAAACGGGAACGUCUCAACCUCCAACAGCCACUUUGACCAGCACGACCGACAAAGCUAUCUUCGUAGGACGAUCGCUCCCACAAUUCAACCAAGAUCUCUUUCUCGGCGUAAAAUAUGCCGAUCAGCCUCUUCGCUUUACUCCGGCCCAGUUGAAGACUGCAUAUGCUUCUGAUGACAGCAACUCCGGUGAAUACGAUUCUCCCGAGGGCCAAAGCACCGCGGUGUAUUACAAUGCCACGCAGUAUGGCUAUGAUUGUCCCGCGUAUGGAUCAGACACUACCAGUCUGGUCAAGCAGGGUCUCAUCGCCCUGAACGAAGAUUGUAUGAACCUGAAUAUCAUUCGCCCUCAGACAGAUGACCAGGAAUUGCUUCCGGUGAUGAUCUGGAUCUUUGGCGGCGGGUGGACACAGGGUGCUACUGCAGAUCCAAGGCACGCCGAGGGAAAUACCAACCUAGCCCUGCGUGAUCAACGCACUGCCCUGCGGUGGGUGAAGAAGAACAUCGAAGCAUUUGGCGGAGACCCAGAGAAAAUUACCAUCUGGGGCGAGUCUGCUGGUGCAUACAGCGUUGGAAUCCAUUUGGUGACCAAUAAUGGCGACAACGAGGGUCUUUUCAGAGCUGCGAUCAUGGACUCCGGUAAUGCAGUCGGUCCUCCAUACAACGGCACCGAGUGGCAUCAGCCAAUGUACGACCGAAUUGUCGAGAGAGCCGGCUGUACCGGGUCAAGUGAUACUCUCAAAUGUCUCCGUGAAUUACCCUACGAAGAAAUCUACAGCGCCGCCUACGAAGGCCUCGAGUGGUUUGCAACCAUCGACGGAUCAUUCGUGACCCAAUAUCCCCAAAUCAGCUACAAGAAAGGAAAGGUGGCCAAAGUGCCUAUUCUCCUAGGCACAAAUACAGACGAAGGCACCAGCUUCGGCACCACAAGAACGGACACAGACGAGGAUUGUAUUGAUGAAUUGACCAAAUCGAAGCGAUGGGUCCUCAAUCGUACCCAAGCUACUGCGCUUCUGCCACAUUAUCCUAACAUAUCCGCCAUCGGUUGUCCCUACGGCUGGGGCAAUGUCACCUGGCCUUCUCUGGGCUUGAUGUACAAGCGAUACUCGUCCAUGGCUGGAGACUUGACGAUGGUGGCACCGCGGCGAAUGCUGGCAGAGACCAUGUCUGGAUUCAAAGAGAAAGUAUACUCAUACAGAUGGGAUGUGGCCGCAUACAACACUUCGUCGACGAUUGGUGUGCAGCAUUUUGCGGAGAUUCCUUUUGUUUUCGCAAAUCCCGUUCAAAACGUCACUCCUCUGGGAAGUGAUCCGGCACGUUUGGAGUUGGGGCAGAUGGCAGCGCGGAUGUGGACGUCUUUCGUAGCAGAUUUGGAUCCCAAUGGACAUGGUGUGUCUGACAUCGCCAAAUGGCCGAAAUACGAACCUGGCACCGACGUCUCGAAUUUUGUUCUCCGCUUGCCCCGGGCUGAGAGCUAUACAGAGGCUGAUACCUACCGUGGUGCUGGAAUCAAGUAUAUCAAUACUAUUGUGCGGUGA